AGACGCUUCACCAUUGUUCACAGGAAUCUGCUGCCCUCCUCACCCACACCCCACAGGUGCUGGCCCAAAGCUCAACGCUGAGUUUUGGAAAAGUAAAUAAAAAUAAAUCCUAGACUGGGGCCAUGCCUGUUCUUGGCUGGCUGGAGACAGUGGCCAAGGCACGCUGGGCUCAAGGCUGGCCUCCUGCCCUGCUGACCCUGACUCCACCGGGGCCCCAGCGUGGGGGCCACUGCGGCUCCAGAGUCUUCCUCACCUGCCCCUGGCCAGCCCGGGAAUUCCUACCCUCUGGCCGCCCACCCAGCGCUGAGCCCUGUCCACAGGAGUGGCCGUCCUGAGGUGCCCACAUUCCCUCUCGGGUGUGGCUCUGGGAGGGGGGGUCCUCUCCUUCCCCAGUUGUCCUUCUCUGGUUUCCCUCCCUCCCCGCCUUUUGCAUUUCAUCUCCGUGCAAAUCCGAUGUACUCUUCCAGGUGCCCGAGGAGCUGUGGGCUCCUGAGUGCCACUGAUCCCUGUGGCUUCUGAUGGGGAUGAGCCGGGGGCAUGUCCUGAGUGCCUCCCAGUCCUGCGCAGGGGGCCUUGUGGGACCAAAGCCACCGUCCGGAGGUCCUGCGUUCGGGGCACAUGAACACCCCUGCCAGGCCCUCCAGGUGUGGCCCGGACACACAGGUGAGCCCUGGCCGCCUCUCCCUCCCUCAGACCUGGCCAGACACCAGGUGCAGCCCCAGCAAGACAGGCUCCUGUCCUGAGAGCCAUCCUGCGUCUCUGAGACCCCUGAACUCCAGAGCACCCAGAAAUUCAUCUCCAAGGGUGUCAGCUGUGGGGGUGGAAGGCUGAAUCUGCCCUGUGCCCGGCAGGCCCCAUUACGCACCGAGGGCUGGCUGGGAAGCGCGACCUUCGCUGCAGCUAAGCCCACGCCAACCAUGGAACCCUCAGGUGUAAACCCAGAUCCCCAACACGGAGUGCCCCUGCCCCACCCCUGCCAGAGCCCCGGCAGCUGGCUUCCAUGUGGCCUGGGGGACAGCCCCCACCCUCCGCCCGCCGCUUGCCUGAUCUGUGCACAGAAGUCCCUCUGGGGAGCCUUCUCCCAAACACCCGCUGGUUAAAAACAUCUCCCUGCUUUCAUUAACCCACACCCCAAAUCAGAACCCGGCAGCAGGUGCCCCUCUCCUCCACGGUCACCACCACAUUCCUGACACAUUCCAAAUGUUACAGAUAGUUUUUGAGAUAAUUCAGAAUUACGAGGAUGCCACAGAGUCUCCUCCCUCUAAACCAUCUGAGAGUAAAACACACCCUGUCACCUCCAAGUAGCUUCAUGUCUGCUUCUUUCAAACACAGACGUUAUCCCGCACAAGCACAGCACAUGCUUGUGCACACGCGCACACACACGAUAGCUGGGAGUCUAGCAGCACGUGUCGCCAGCUCCCAUCCAAGUCUCGUUAACUAGCCCAGUGAUGUUCUUUUAAAUUUUUUUUUUAUUUAUUUACGAUAGUCAUACAGAGAGAGAGAGAGAAAGAGAGGCAGAGACACAGGCAGAGGUAGAAGCAGGCUCCAUGCACCGGGAGCCCGACGUGGGAUUCGAUCCCGGGUCUCCAGGAUCGCGCCCUGGGCCAAAGGCAGGCGCCAAACCGCUGCGCCACCCAGGGAUCCCGAUGUUCUUUUUAAAAAGCACGGCUUCCUCGAGGUUUACCUGAUAGGCACUGUGAAGUGACAAAGACUCACCUGAGUACAUUUGCAAGAUCUUUUUUUUUUUAAUUUUUUAUUUAUUUUUCGAUAGUCAUACAGAGAGAGAGAGAGAGGCAGAGACACAGGCAGAAGGAGAAGCAGGCCCCAUGCACCGGGAGCCCGACGCGGGACUCGAUCCCGGGUCUCCAGGAUCGCGCCCUGGGUCAAAGGCAGGUGCCAAACCGCUGCGCCACCCAGGGAUCCCCACAUUUGCAAGAUCUAAUUGGGUUUCUCAGUCAAUUUGUGGAUUAGGCAUCUUCCCACUUAGGGGAGUAGAGAGAGGCCCCGCUGAGCAGCAGGGAAGGACACGUUUUUGUUUAUUUUUUAUUUAUUUAUUUUUAAAGCUUUUAUUUAUAUUUAUUCAUGAGAGGCAGAGACAGAGGGAGAAGCAGGGUCCCUGCAGGGAGCCCGAUGUGGGACUCAGGGAUCGAGUCCCUGGGCCGAAGGCAGAGCCACCCCAGGUCUCAAGGACAGGUUUUCAAAGGAAGAGAGGGAAGGAGAAGGGAAGUUACCUUGUUUCGGGCAAGGCGGCCUCCCGGGGGGAGCGGGGUUUCUCAGUUUGCUUCCGGGCCCUGCCGGGCCAUGCCCAGGUCCACUGGGUCAGGGGUCUCUGUCCUCAGUGACUGCAGUUUGGGCUGAUGGUUUUGAGCAACACUGAACGGAUACACCUGGGGGCCUUGGGGCCUCGGCAAAGGGCGGUGAACCGGUCACUGCGAUCGAGGCCAUCAACAGGCCCACCCCCUGCGCAGGCGUCCUGGUGGCUCGGCCGUCCCUGGACCUCACUCCUCUUGCCUGGAUCCCCCGUGUCAGUUCUGUGCAGGGGAAGCAUCCAGAGCAGGCUCCCCCUGGAUUUGGGGCGGGCCUGGUCUCUCAUCUCCCUCACUGGGAACCCUCCUCAGUCUUUCCUUGACCUUUAUUACCUUGACGUUUCUGAAGACUGCAGGUCAGUUCUUUUUUUUUUUUUCCUUUCUUUCUUUGAGAGACCGCAGGCAGGGGGCGUGGGGAGGAGGAGGGAGGAAGCAGGCUCCCCGCGGAGCAGGGAGCCCAACGAGCAGGAUCCGAUCCCAGGACCCCGGGAUCAUGACCUGAGCCACCUGAGCCCCCCGGGUGCCCCAGAGGUAAGGCCGCCCUGGCACCGGAGCUGGGGCGGGAGCAGGACAGGAGGGAGAAGCGCCCGCGUGGACGCCCGCCAGGCCCGGCCCCCACCCUCUGACUGCGCCCAGCUCUGCGGCCCAGCGUGGUGGCCACACGUCGUCCUGGGGGAUCGGCGCCCCGCUGGCCCUCGCCGCCCCCGCCCCGCCGCUCUCUGGGGCAGAGGAGCCUCUGUGACCUUCCCUCCCCACCUUGCGGAGGAGCAGCCGCCCACAUCCGCCCUUCGUGCCCUUCGUGCCCUUCGUGCCGUGGCCUUGCAGGAACGGGUGGGCGGCGGCGGCCGUGCGUCCCGGUGCCCCCCGAUGGCCGACGGCGGAGGCCUACGCCAGGCUGCCCUCUCCGCUCUGUGUGCCCUCCGCCCUCGGCGCCGCUCCCAGCCCGUUGUCCCCGCGCGGAGUCCCGCACACCCGUCCCCAAAGUCACGCUGCUACUUGGCCCAGCGGACAGACGGACGGACGGACGGACGGACCGCUGCGCGAGCGGCCGGAGCUGCCCGGGGCCUGUGCGGCGGGACGAUGCAGCCCAACUGCCGCGGCCUCUCGGCAGAGGGACGCUGGGCUCCCCGCACUGGGUGCAAAGUGUGACCCCGCGACCCACCCCAAUGUGCCUUGGGUGCUUCAGCGGUUGGUGCUGCUGCUUUCACACAGUGUCCCUGGGACCCGAGCGGUCCCCUGGCACCGUCAUUCGGGGUGACACUGAGCAUGCGUCUGCAGAAGCUCAGCGCUUCCAGGACUAUUGAGGACACUUUCGGGUCCCUUGUGUAGGCCUUGUGCUGGGACUGCCCCUUCCCCUGUGUCUCUGCGCCAGGAGAAGCAGACAGCACAGCCUGCCGCCCCUGUCCCCCUGUCCCCCCACCGUCCCUGCCGUCCCCACAUGCCCUGUAUCCCCGUCCCCCCGCCCCUCACCCCCCUGCUGCGGAGCGGUGCGCAGCUGCGGGCACAGGAACGCAGACACCAUGGGGCACAGCCCACCGUGCGCAGCGAAGCAGGCCGCCGCCAGCCCCGGGCCCAGCCUCCUGUGGGGUCCCAGCCGCUGCCAGCGUCUGUGUGAGCCUGGGACCCAGAGGCCACGGGGGCAGGGCCAGGGCCUGCGGAUGCCCACAGGUGCCAACAUGCGCCCCCCCAGCGGCUGGGGCACAGGGCAGCCCCACGGCCUCCCGCAGCCUCCAGCGAGCCCCCUGCCUUCCCCCACGCGCGCCCCCACCCCAGGGCCUCUCACACGGGCUCAUCACCGUCUCCUAAAGGAGGGUGUUGGCUCCUCGCUGCACAGCGUGAGGAACCAUGUCCGGCUUGUGCUCUGCACUUGGAUUGCAUGUGCUGGACCCAGAGGGAAGGGGACCAUGAAACAGGCCGCAGGAAGGGUGUGACCCGGCUGGCAGGAGCCCACGGCGGGGGUGGGGAGCAGUCGCUCAGCUGUGCUGCGUGGGCGUCCCUGGCCAAACCCCGAGGGAGAAGGAUGGGCCGGCGGGGUCUGGGCCUGGCCUCUGGCCCUGGGUUCGUGACUCCGAGCCUCUGCAACGUCCCUCCUGACGAGCAUCUCGGUGUACGGGGCCUCGCUGAGGGUAGUCUGGGGGCUGGUUUAUGCGGCGGGGGGGGGGGGGCGCCC